GUGUGUUUACAAACGGCACGUGUUUUCAGCGCUCAAUCAAAAACAUGUUAUUAAAUGUGUUAAUUGUGUUAUAAAUUAUAACUAAAUUAAAACUCAUUUAAUUAAUUGUAAUAACAAUUACAACACAUUCACAGUCAUAAUGAAAGUGAAACGCUAUAAACGGGUCCAGAAAUACAUACAGUUUUACAAAAACUCGUGCGGUUUUCGGGCCCCCUAUCAGGUGCUGAUCGACGCCACGUUUUGUCAGUUUUGUCUCAACAAUAAGGUGAACAUCACCGAACAGAUCCCGAAGUACUUAUCACAAGAGUGCAAACUAUUGACCACCGUUUGCGUCGUUCAGGAGGCGCAGCGUUUGAGUCAGUCACUAUACGGAGCGAUGCUUAUCAUCAAACAGUUCCCAAUCCGUCGCUGCGGUCACGAGAAGUCACCGAUCGAUGCGAGCGAAUGCCUACGAGAGCUGAUCUGCGCCGACAACAACUCCGACCACUAUAUGCUGUGCACUCAAGACCUGGUGCUGACCCGCGCUAUACGCCGGUCGACAGUCGGCUGUCCGUUGAUAUACAUGAGGGGCAACGCUAUGGUUAUGCAGAAACCGCACGACACGGUCCGGGAGGCUGUGGAACGGCGGGAACAGGAGGCCAGCGAUGAACACGUGGAUCACCAAAUGGAUGUGUUGAAGAAGUUGAAGAGAGCCCACGAUUUGGAUGACGACGACUCGGAGGCUAAGCCACGGCCGAAGCGGAAGCGCACGAAAGGACCCAAUCCUCUGUCCUGUAAGAAGAAGACGAAGAAACCUAUGGCUGGACAGCAGUCAACUGCCCCUAAGACUAGUGCCGGUAGUAGUGGUGGUGAUCAGCGCUCAGCCAAUAAGAAACGCCGCCGAAACAGAGGCGGUAAACAUAUUCGGCAAAUGUUUGACAAGAUUUCGGCCACAGUUUCUGGUGACAAGUGA